AUGUUUCCGCCUCCCGAUUUUCCGGCUCCGGGGGACUUCAUAUUGGUGACAGACCAAAUACUAUCACCAGCGGACUUCCAGCUUCAUCGAAUGUUAGCUUCCCACUUCAAAGAUAAUAAGAAUGCCAUAGGAUACGUUCUAUCCGUAUCAGAGAGUUAUUCCCGUUGGAAGGCUAUUGCAUCGCGAGCGAACGUGAACAUUGAGACCCUUGUCCAGUCCCAGUCUCUACGAUUUCUUGAUCUAGUCCCGGACCUUAGAUCGAGUACAUCUCCUCAAGAGUCCUUGCGCUCCUCGAUUCGAGAGUUACGGUCGCUUCUGCAGCAGCAGCGGCACGACGUAACUGGACCCUCUCUAGUAAUACUGGAUGAUAUCUCGAGCUUAGAAUGGAUCGGAUAUCCAACCGACGAUCUCUCCCAAUUUUGUCGGGCGCUUGUGGCACUGGCACGAAAGUACAAUUCCCCCCUGGUAAUCAGGCAUCACAUAACAACUGCAGAUGCCCCAGACGACCUAUACCGCCUCUUGCUCCAGCUCUGCACCUACCAUAUAGAUGUUCGGCCGUUAUCCACCGGGCGAUCGGGUGCGGUCAGCGGAGAAAUUUCCUUGCAAUCAGGGCCCUCGAACGCCGCGACGAGGGUGAAGACAAUACCCGGACAUCGAGCAGUGCAGUACAGGCUUACAGACACUGCUGCUGUAUACUUCGAAAAGGGAACGGGCCAGGUUGUUCUAUGA